AUGCCGCUGAAGAAGCUGGAUCAGGCCGUGUCCGCCGCUCACACCUUCUUCGUCGCCAACCCCCAGCACCUCCAGAUGCGGGAGGACAUAGAGAAGUACCGGCGCAUGUCGGGGGUGAAGUCGGACAGCUUCCGCGACCUGGAGGCCACGCCGCACUGGGAAGCCUAUGAGGCUGGGGUGCAGCACUACAAUGCAGAUGAGUACCCGCAGGCUGUGUCCAGGCUGGAGGAGUCGCUCGCAGAGGCACUGUCAGCACUGGAAGAGUGUCGUGCUCUUUGUGAAGGUCCUCGGGAGGAGGAGGAGGAGGAGGAGGAGGAGAUGCAAGCUGGCCUAUACGAAGCCAUUGCAGCCCAUUAUAUUCAGGUUCUGAAGUGCAGACAGCAGUGCGUCCUUGAAAUUGCCACAAAGCCGGGGCGGAUUUCUGCCACGGAAGACUUCAUACCCUCUCAUCUUGAUUUCCUGCAGUUUGCCUAUGAUCAAGCUGGGAACCAGGCACUGGCUGCUGAAUGCGCUGCUUCCUACUUGCUCUUCUAUCCCACGGAUGAGCCAAUGUUGGAGAAAAUGAAGCAGUAUCGCAGAGAACUGGGAGAGGACACAGCUGUCACAGCCAGAGAGAGCAUUCAACAUUAUAUGCAGAGAUCUUUGAUGGAGAAGAAGUUGAUUUAUUAUGCAGUGGAGCAUCUAGGGGAAACUUUUAAUGACCCUGAUCUUUGGACUCCAGAUGAGCUGAUUCCUGAAAACCUAAAGGAGAAAUACAGAGAGGAUCAGGAGAAGAAGCCUGUGGACAUGCAGAUGCCUGUUCAGUCUGUGCUUGCUUCUCCAACAGGUCCUUUGCCUUUUGAGGGUAUUGCGGUCACGAUGGAUUCCCAAAGGAUGAAUGGAACCCAGAGGGUUGUGUUCGACAGAGUGCUGACAGAGUCCGAGUGUAAAGACCUUCUCCGGCUGACAAAGGCAGCAGCAGAAGCAGGAGACGGCUACCGGGCACGACGGUCGCCUCACACCCCACAUGAGAGAUUUGAAGGGUUAACCGUUCUGAAGGCCAUGCAGCUGGCCCAGAAUGGGGACGUGGACUGGAGAGACGCCAGAUUACUUCUGCGGGCCAGUGAGAAAUCACGGAAAAUCAUAGAGUCCUACUUUACUCCUGGGAAGAAACUCCAUUUCUCAUUCACACACCUUGUGUGCCGCACAGCUGUUGAUGAAGAACAGGAAGGUCGCAUGGAUCUUAGUCAUCCUGUCCAUGCUGAUAAUUGUCUCUUGGAUCCUGAGGGGCAAGAGUGCUGGAGAGAACCACCUGCCUAUGUCUACAGGGACUACAGUGGCAUUCUCUACCUCAAUGAUGACUUCCAAGGUGGGAGCCUUUUCUUCACUGAAAUGGACACUGUCACUGUCACAGCUGAGGUGCGUCCUAAGUGUGGGAGGCUGGUAGCCUUCAGCUCUGGCAAGGAGAACCCCCACGGCGUGUGGGCAGUGAGCCGCGGAAGGCGCUGCGCCAUUGCUCUCUGGUACACACAUUCCCAGGAGCAUGCUGAGCAGGAGCGGGUGAAGGCAGAGGAGCUGAUGGAGCAGAGGGCUGUGGAGCAGGAGCGGCCAAAUGGAGAAGAGCAUCAGGGGUCUGAUCACAGUGGCAGAUCCUCCUCAGAGCCUCCCAUUCCCACCAGCGGAGCCAGGCCCACGAGCCGGAGCCGCAAGCCUGGCUCGGACAGGACGCAGCACCCCCAGGGGCUGCGAGCCAGAGAUGAGUUCUGAGUACACAGGGCCCUGGGGCAGGGCUGGCACACACCAUGGCCUGGCAGGUCGCGGUAGCACCGGGACCACAGAGGCCUGGAGCAGUGUAUUAGCAUGCUAGAGCCGUAGUGAUGGGGAGGGAUACAACUUUCUUCUCUGUGACCGGACA